AUGGGAUCGACUCAAUUUGGCAAUUUUCUUAAGCUUUGUCGAGACUCGGCUCUCCCAGUUUGCAAUCUUUUCGUUGCUGAUAACCAACCGCCAAAUGGGAAAUUCGGCGGAUGUGCCCUUAGGGGAAUCAAUCUGAGUGGUGAUAGGAACCUGGCGAACCUAGGAGCCAUCCUCUUUGCCGUGACGGCCCUAUUGCUCAGUGCGUUCUUAUUAUGGAAAUCGGAGCGGAAGAAGGCCGCGGUGGGAAGAAGGGAAAUUCAAUUGUUUUUACUGGGAUAUAUGAUAAUUCAGCUCUGUGAGAUUUUCACCAUUGGAGGAAUUCCCAUCUCUGAUAAUGUCAGAAAAGGAUUUACUGCCAUUCACCUAGGUGCCAUUGCCGCAACAGCCUGGAUAUUACUUCUCAAUGCGAUCGUUGGGUUUCAGCUACUCGAUGACGGCACUCCAGUCUCAGUCGGGCUUCUCCUUGCUUCCGGAGCCAUCCUGUUCAUUGGCACCGGCUAUAUCGCUUUGGACACUGGCUUUCGAUGGACCGGCCAUUUCGACCCGAGUUUGAACGGUGAAAACCGAAAUAUAGGUCUCUAUGUCCUAUAUCUGCUAUUUCCACUGAUUUGCUUGGUUACCUUCUUUGCGCUGGAAGCGGUAUUAGUCCUGCGUAUCCUUGGUGAAUUAAGGCCUUUGUUAUACCUCAGCGCAGCCGGUCUGCUUUUUGCCAUUGGUCAAAUUUUCCAAUUCGUCAUCAGUACCCACCUUUGUCAAGCAUCCAAUGGGAAGAUAAACGGAUCCCUCUUUGCGACUCUCUUCACAGAACUUUCUGUGGGAGCAAUAUGGAUAUUCUGGAGUAGCAUUACCGAAGACGACUGGCCUAUGACUGUUGGAAGUGGUGGUUAUAACUGA